AGCACGCCAUGCUCUCCAUCGGGACCGGAGGAGAAAGACACGCCAAAACCACUGAUCCCGAGCCCGUCCUGUGAUUAUCUCCUGUCAGAUGUACAGGUGGAAACAUGCCUGCAUUCCGUUGUCGGGGCAAACGAAGAAAGUAAGGAGUCACGGCUGAUUUGUUUUUAAUAUUCCCAUGUUCCACAUGAGGGAGGUUAAGAUCGGAGAAAGCAUUUGUGUAUUAGUGUUGCUUUUUUCUGGGCUUGUGACCUGCUCAGGUGUUUUUGGAAGCCCUUUAACAGAUGAUGUGGCCACGUUGGACAUACUGAGUGAAAACAUUCCCAGUGACUACAGAAUACCUAUUCGCUUCAUCACCAAGGAUGUGGGUGGAGCUUGCUGGCUAUAUGUGAACCUGUAUCACGUCGAAAGCAGUUUAAAAACAUUGGCCCUCAAGUUUGGCAAUCUGUCCACCAAUAAAGUGAACAUCACUAUUUUUAUAACAAUGCUGGAGGGUUUUCGUUUCACUCUGGACAAUGAGGAGCUGGAGGUGACAAUGCAAACAUUCGAGUGCCACUAUAGAAGGGGAAAGUGGCCGACUAGACGUUACUUUAGCCAUGUUAAAGAGGUUCUUACAGCGGCUGGAUCUACACUUGGCAAGUUUCAUGACUGCACACCUCCUCCUUGCCAGAUCCCCGCAGCUCCUCCAUUCACACCAGGUCAAAGCAGACAGCAGAACGGUAUGAACGGAGCGAUUCACGGGCUCUUGGCGCUGUUCAUCAUCCCCAGCAUGGCACUUCUGGUCCUCUCUGUCAAGAUGGUAUUCAGAAGAAGCGGCUGUUGUGUGCAAAGAAUGCAUGAAGUCAGCUUGAAUGAGCCCCACGACGGAGCUGAAGAAAGCAGAACUGGGCCCCACAGCGGAGCUGCGCAAGGGGACCCUGAUUCCAGCUCUAGCAGCCAGCAGGACAGGGCGUGGCUGGAUUCUUUAGGGUGUGCAGACACAGAGGUUUAAAUGAAAAAUGCAUGAGGAAACUCAUUGGAAAUGGCAG